AUGGAGGCAAACCUGUCGGCGUCUGCCUUGGGCGGCGAGCCAGCCCGCCUGGGCUUCGGCUUCUUCCUCCUGCCCUUCGCCACCUUCAUCUGCUUCCUGGUCCCGGUUCUCUACCUGUUCCCCCCGAUCCCGGCCACGAUCAGCGACGCACUGCUGGCAACGCACAAGAAAAUCGGCCUGGCCCCGUCCAAGAGCAACCUCCGGGACCAGCAGCAGCAGAAGGAGAAGGAUAGGACGGGGGCCGACGCCGUGAGGGUCAAGGCGCUCUGCGUGUACCCCAUCAAGUCGUGCCGCGGCAUCGAGGUUGCGCGGAGCAAGCUCCUCCCCACGGGUCUCGAAUUCGACAGGCUGUACACCCUGGCGCAGCUCAAGUCCCCGUUCCCAGUGUCCGUCGACGGCGCCGCCGGGGAUGGCCGGGACGCGCACGCGUGGGAGUUCAUCACGCAGCGGCAGUUCCCCCAGCUGGCGACGAUCAAGGUGGACGUCUUCGUCCCGGACGCGACCAAGAGCACCGUGUUCCUCGAGAAGAGCGGCGACCCGUGGAUCGUGCUGCGCUUCCCCUGGCGCGAGCCUGGGUGGCGCGGGACUAUGCAGUGGGCCGCGGCCAAGAUCCGGAACGGGUGGCGCGGGGAGCCCGAGAUGGAAGUGCUGCUGCCGGUCGAGUUCCCCACCGAGAAGGAGAUCGAGGAGCGCGGGUACACGCGCGAGGACGUCAGGGUGUGGAAGGAGAUGGUCCCCGCGCUGAACAUGGGCAAGGAAAUCCCCCAGGAGCUGUGCCGGUAUCUGGGCGUGAGCAACAAGCUGACGCUGUUCCGGGUCGACCCGAGGAAGCUGAGGGAGGUGCACCGGUGUGCGCCAACCAAGGAGGAGGCGGGGUACCAGCCCGUCGUCGGUUUCCAGGACGCCUAUCCCCUGCACCUCGUGAACAUGAGCAGUCUCCACGACUUCGACGCGCAGGUGCCCAAGGACAAAGACCUCCAGCACCUCGACGUCAGGAGGUUUCGGUCCAACAUUAUCGUCUCCGGUGCCCCGGCAUACGACGAAGAGUCGUGGAAGUCGGUCAAGUUCGCCCAGGGCGCGUCCAACGUCACCACGCCUUCAAAGUUCCAGGUCUCGUGCCGCACAGUUCGUUGCAAAAUGCCCAACGUCGACCAGGUCACCGGCGUCUGCCACGGCGUGGAGCCGGACAGGUCCCUCCGCAAGCUCCGCGAAGUCGACGAGGGCGCCCCGCGCAUGGGGUGCCUGGGCAUGCAGAUGGUUCCCCUUUUCGAGGGCACCGACCGCGUCGAGUACAUGCAGGCCUGGCUCGAGGUCGGCAUGGCCGUUGAUGUGCUGGAGCGCGGGGAGCACGUCUACAUCAAGCAGUGA